UUGUCAGGUUUUCUGUGAGUCGUCAGGACAUCAGAGCCUUCGGCUGGGGUUUUAUCUAAACGGUCUGUUUAAGAAUGGGAAACAUUUUCUCACAUCUCAGCUUUGAUCUGCAGCCUCCUACGAUCAUUUCCCACAGGCUCUGCAGUGUUGGUACGACAGCAGACAAUAAGCUGUUUCACAAUCAGUCACAUGCAGCUAACAGCCUGACUGUCAGCGCCUAGACCGAUAAAUGUGAUAAAUAAUCUUUUCAUUAUUUCUAAAUCUUUAUUCUUUUUGUAGAAAUAUAGUUUUAUAUUAUAAGAAACAUUAUUAUUUUACAUUUAACCCCAGUUUCUUUGUAUGUUUACAUUAAAUAAUCUACUUUUUAUGGUCUAAGAUCACCAGAGAGUCAAAGAUAAACAUCUGGGAGGCCAUAUUUCCUGUGCAAAAUGAAUCCAUUUCCUGUCUGUGUUUAAUGACAUCUCAUGUGGCUUGUAGUUUUGAGCAACUGUUGACAGUUUGUCCAUCUGUGCCUCUGCCCCUGCUGCCCAUUGGCACAGCAGCAGGAGGCGAAGGACCUCAAAGGGGAGGGCCAAAGCUGGCCCUCUCUCCUUUCCGCCACAGAGGAUGUGUGCUCCUCAGAGACGGAGCUGUUUGUACACCAGCUCCUCGAACCCAAGCAGUCCGACUCUAACCGUCCGGUGUUUCGCCUGAACGCCAACCGCGGCCGAAAGAAGAACCCGUUGAAGCGUGGAGGCCGGAUAGGGAACCAUGGCCACGUCUGCCUGCUCUCUGGAGUUGCUGGGUUUGCUGAUCUACAUCGGGGCAUGGCUGUGUGCCUUAGCCACCACCAUCUUACCUCAGUGGCUGACCAUGUCCACAAGUCUGCUGCCUGUGGAGAGCUUUGACCAGGGCCUGUGGGAAACCUGCGUGGUCCAGGACGGAGGAGACACGGAGUGUAGGUCGUACGACACCCUGCUGGGCCUUUCCAAUCACCUGAAGCUGGCUCGGAUCUUCAUGUGUACCUCCCUGGCUGUGGGGGUGCUGGGGAUCCUCGUGGCCACACCUGGACUGUCCCUCAUCAACAGCUGCGGACGCUACGGUGGCUCUCAAACGAAGAGGGCCUUGACCAUCACAGGAGGGGUGCUGGGAAUGGUCUCUGGAGUGCUGUGUCUGAUCCCCAUCUGCUACACGGCCCAUUUAGCGGUGACGCAUUUCUUUGAUGAGACCGUGCCGGACGCCGUGCCCCGGUGGGAGUUUGGGGACGCUCUGUUCUGCGGCUGGGCGGCGGGGUUCCUCCUCAUUGUGGCCGGGCUGGUCAUGGUCACCUCCUGUACGUGUUUACAGGUGGAGCCCCAACCCGUCCUGCAGAGGAGGUACCAGAUGAAGAGCACAGACGGGAGCUUCAGGAAAACUGUUGAGUAUGUUUAAGCGAGGCGUUAGUUAGAUGGAGCUGCACCACAAACUGUUUCGGACCGAUGUUGAGAUGUAAGAUAAUGUUUAACAGUUGAUCAAAAAAAGAUACAAGGGUUUCAUUCACUUUGAUUCAAAAACCUACAAUCUGACUUUAAAUGACCAGACGACCUGCUGUGAUAAAUAGAAAUAUAUUUUUAAAAAUAGAUGGCGUGAAACAUGUUCUUUAAAGAUUUCAGGAUUUAUCACUGAAACCAAAAUGCUUCAUUACUCUUGCUGUGGUUGYACAUUCUUCUUAAAGCUAAACGUUUUUCUGUACCUGUUUGUUGAUUGUUUGCAAAAUGUAUGUGGUAAUGUUUUUGCCUGUGUCUGUUAGCAAAAUAAAUCACAAACCACUGGAUGGAUUUGAAUAAAACAAUC